CCUCCUCCCGCCGACGGCAUUCCGGAAUUCCUCCACAAAGCUUGCGGAACCACCUCUUCGCCCUCGCCCUCGCCCUCGCCCUCACCCUCGCCCUUGCCCUCAUCCUCGGACAAUGCGCUGGUCUGCACACAUCUGCGCACGAUGUCCUCGAAAACACACGCGACUGACAACUCGAAUGUCCUUGCAAACGCAAAGGCCGCGUCAUAGUUCGCAGUCUUCACAUGCAGAUCGACAAUGUCCUGGGGCUCCAAAAGCACAGCGCGGUCGAGCAGCUCCGCGAACACCGCGCCCAAGGUGAUCCGCGCCAUACACAUGGCGUACUCGCGACGCACAUCGGCCAGCUCGACAAUGUCAAUGUUCUGGGCGCGCUCUGGGUCGAACCGCCCAAUAGCGAUGCGCUUACGCUUGGCGCUCGGCGCGCUAUCGGAGUCAACGUCGCUGGACGCGCCGGUGAUGACCCAGGCGGACUGCGCAUCAACAAGGGUCAGCCCAUUGAUGCACGCCAGCAGCGCCUGGCCCCGGUCGACAAGCAGCCGCGCCACAUCAACAGGCUCGCCGCUGCCAGAGCGCAGCAGCAUGACCAGGCGCGCAGCGUACUGGUACAUGGCCGAGGCGGCGUUGCGGUAGUUGCCGCGGUAGAUAUGGAAGGCAUACAGGAUGCGGUAGUAGUUGGGGCGCGGCACGGCAGGGUCGCUGUGGCGUGCCUUGAACAAAAGCGACCGCUCGACUUCCUCCUGCAGCCCAGGGAAUGUCAAGCGGCAGAGCACGGCCACGCCGCCGGCCCGCUCGCACAGCACCGCCACCAGGUGCCGCAGGCUAUCGCGCUGCAGGCCGGCGUCCGGCUGCGCCAUCACCGCCAUGUACGCGGGCUCAAAGCCGCCGCGCUCAACCUCGGCGUGGAACACGCGGAACCACAGCCGCGCACGCCGCGCCUCGUCGCCAGCCGCCGCCUGCAGCGCCAGGUGGCCGAAGCGCACGACGCCCGGCAGCCAGCCGGCAGCGGCGAACAGCCCGGCCACGUGCUCGUGGUACGCCGCGGCACUGUCGACCGGCUCCGCCACGUCCAGCCCAAUGGCGCCGCGCAGCCCGGGCGCCACCUGCGCGUCGGCCGCGACCGCGCUGGCAAACAGGUCGGCGGCCGCGGGCAUGUCGCACAUGCGCAGCAGCGCGCGCGCCGCCAGGUAGCUUGUGGCAGCGCCCUUGGGCAUCAGGCGCAGCAGCGCGUCGGCCACCUCGGCAGCCUGCGUGCGCUCGACCGCGCAGGCAAACGCAACGUCGUCGCGCACAAGCGCCGCCACGGCCUGCAUGCCCUCGGCCACCAUGUCGGCGAACGCGCCGGUGCGGCCGCCGAACCGCAGCGUGUGCGCGCGCGCCACGGCGUCGUGCAGCACGCUGUACGCGAACAGCGCCGGCGCCUGAGGCUCGGCCGGCCCGGCUGGCCGCGCGACGCUGAGCACGGCGAACCGGCUUAGGAACGCCGAGUCGCCGCCCGCGCUCGCGCCGGGCUCGCCGCC